AUGAAAGCAUCCGAAACAGUCCCGAUUCUCAUUCCCGCCAUGAGACUCCUCGCCGCUCUCCUCGUUCUUUCUCUCGCUUUCAAACUGACAACUGCCACAAAGGUUUGUUUUUGCUGCCGAUCCUCGAAUUGUUUCAAUUUGAGCCGCCCGUCCCUCCCGGAUGCUACGAGACAAAGUGUUUCCCCAAGGGCGAAAGUUCGAAGUGCCGUUCCCGAAACCAUUUCCGCCACGCCAAGUUCCCGUGCAACGUCUUCACAAAGGCCGAAAUCUGCUGUCCGAGAGCUCCGUGGUACGACAACGGAGGAUUUGAUCCUAACUAA